GUGACGCAUAUUCAUAGGUGAUGUUACUGAUGUGAGGCCUGGACCAUUUAAUAUUUAUGUGGCCACGGCUCCUUCUUUAUUUCUCUACCUACAUAUCCUUUCCCUUGUAAACUCCAGAACAAUCAAAAUCGAAUUUCAAUUUUCACCCAAGGUUGCAGAAUCGCUCUAAUAAUGUCUGGGGAAAUCACGAGGGAAACUGCUUCCCCUUCUUCUCGACUGGAUGGUCGGGUAGCAAUCGUAACCGGUGCUUCGCGUGGCAUUGGCCGUGAAAUCGCCGUCCACCUCCACUCCCUCGGUGCAAGGGUUGUGAUCAAUUAUGCUUCAAGCUCAACAAAAGCAGAGCUUCUAGCAUCAGAGCUCAAUGCCUCCUCAGCUCAGCCUCGAUCUGCAAUUGCAGUUGGAGCAGAUGUUUCGGACCCAGAUCAGGUAAAGCUGCUAUUUGAAAGAACCGAACAAGAAUUCGGAUCGCAAAUCCAGAUUCUUGUGAACUGUGCUGGGGUGCUGGAUCCAAAGUACCCAACAUUAGCCAAUACAACGGUGGAGGACUGGGAUACGACAUUUAAUGUGAACACAAAAGGAGCAUUCUUGUGCUGUAGAGAGGCUGUUAAUCGGUUGGCACGUGGAGGGGGUGGAAGAAUCAUCACGAUAUCAACAUCGGUUGUGGGAUCACUUCUACCAGGGUAUGCAGCGUACGCAGCCUCCAAGGCAGCGGUAGAGACGAUGAUGAAGAUGGUGGCGAAGGAGUUGAAGGGAACGGGAAUAACUGCGAAUUGUGUAGCACCAGGGCCUGUAGCCACCGAGUUGUUCUUUGCGGGUAAAACCGAAGAAACGAUCAAGAGGUUGGUGGAUGGCUGUCCUCUCGGCCGACUCGGGGAACCCAAGGAUGUGAGUCAGGUUGUGGGAUUUUUGGCGAGUGAUGCUGGGGAGUGGAUUAAUGGCCAGAUCAUUCGGGUGAACGGUGGAUUUGUUGUUUAAAUUAAAGCGUCUUUUUCUCUCCAGUGUUUAAAUACUAUUAGAAAAAAUCUAAAUAACACUCUACUGUUUGUAGAGUUCCAGUACACUCAACGUGCUGAGAUAAAAAAAUAAAUAAAUAAAUAAAUAAAUAAAUUUAUGUGAGAUGUGUGGAGUGUGUGAUGUACAGUGAUUUGUAGCAUUUCUCAUAGUAUUAUUGUAUAUAUAUUCAACUCAUUGUAAUGUUGCCGGCUGCUUUCAACUA